AUGGAAUCAGUUGGGAAAAGAAAAAGAUUAAUACCAAUCAAAGAAGACAUUGAAGAUAAAAUUCCAAGGAAAAAACCUAGAGAGUACGCACAAGAAUAUAGAGAUCGAAUAAAGAGAAACACAGAAAUUUAUAAACUGCACAGACAUAAUGAAACAAUCCGUAUCAAGGAAUACAGAGAAAAAGGUCAGACAGAGGAGGCAAAGCAAAGGAACAGAGAUUUGCAGAGGGCUCGACAGCAAAAAUACAGAGAGAGACUUAAAGAUCUUGGAAAAACCAAUCCUGAAAAACCAAAAACAAGACAUGCCCAGGAAAUGCAACGACGAAAAUGGAGAGAAGAUAGACAAAAACACAGACUUUGCAUGAAAACAAAACCAGCAAAACCAGCAGAGGAAAUAUCAACAAAUGCAUUCAGAACAGCAAAGUCCCGUGAGAAGAAAAAAUUAUCUGUAUGUGUAAUCGCUAUGCCAAAUAACCCCAGUUUAAGGGCAGCAGCUAUUGAGGCAUCUAUUAAUGAACAGUCGCCAGGAACAAAAAAAUGUAUUCAUGACAAAUUAGGUGCAUCAAGUCCUUGCACGAAUGCAAGAAGAAAACUAGCAAUGGAUGCUUUUGGUUCUGUUAAAGAUGCUCUAGAAAAACUUAAAAGAAAAAGAAGCAAAAAAGACAUUCGCUCCAGACGAGUAAUUGCUCUUGCAUUAAAGAUCAAAGGAAAAGCAUUCAUGAAAUCAGCCGGAAUCUCGCGGAAACUUGGUAAAAGAUUAGAAAGUUGCAAUAGAACAGGCUGGGAGGAAGAAAGAAAAAAACGUAAGGAUGCUCUUACAGACGCGAAACAGGAGGAGAUAAAGAAUUUUUACGAAGAUAAUAGCAAACAUAUACCAGAUAUGCGAGGUCCAGUGAAAAGAGACAGAGAAUAUGAAGGUAGAAAAAUCAUGGAAACCUCUUUGAGAGCUAGCUAUGACAGGUAUGCAACAGAUGUACAGGACCCAGUAAGUUACGGUACAUUUGUUAGGCAUAAGCCUAGGAAAAUUCUUCCAUUCACAAAUCACAGGUUUAGAGAGUGUCUAUGUGAAUACUGUUUGAACAUUGACCUAAUGAUAAAGUCCUUAAACUCAUUUUGCACAUCACAUGAAAAUCCUGCAUGUACUAUUAUUGAUAGAUAUGCUGCAUCACGCUUAACCUUAUGCCCAAAGGUUGAUGGAAACACGUACAGAAAACCUUGUCUUGAUCGGGAAUGCACAAAAUGUGGCACAGGCAACAUUCUUCAGCAUUUUCAAACAGUCCUUGUUGAACCAUAUUGUACCACACCGGUCACCUGGUGUCAGUGGGAGAGUCGGGCAUUGGGUAACGCAUCACGAAUGAUGACUAAAGUAAAGAAACAGAGUGUGCUGGAGGGGAUGAUAGAAGAAUUCAUUUCAAAAAUGAAAACAUUUUCAGUUCAUUUGUUUAAUGCCAAAUGGCAGUACGAUAUGUAUAAACAGUUAGUCAGAGAAAUCCCAGUAAAAACUGCUGUUUUCUGUAUGGAUUAUGCCGAAAAUUUCACCUGUAAGGCUCAAGAUGCUCCGCAGGGAUUUCAUUGGAGCAAUAUUCAUUGCACCAUCCACCCAAUUGUUGCAAACUAUAUUUGCAAUGAAUGUGAACAAGACCCAGUUCCAGUGAUUACUGAUUCCAUCAUCUAUAUCUCGGAUGACUUGACACAUGAUCAUCAUGGUGUGCAACAUUUUGUUUGCCUUUCCAUCGAAAAGCUCCAAGAAGAAUGCAAUGGCACUUUGCAAACUGUCAUACAGUUCUCAGACGGCGCCCCAACACAGUACAAGAACAAAAUAAGCUUUACACAUUGUUCCUUUUCAAAUGAGGACUUUGGUAUAGCUACAGAGAAACACUUCUUCGGCUCACGACAUGGUAAGGGCCCAUGUGACCGUGAAAUUGGUGUUUUAAAAAAAACUGCAAAAGCAGCAGUAGCAGCAGGUAGUGAAUGCAUCCUGUCCCCUAGAGAGUUUUUCAAUUACUGUAACAGUAAACUGAUUCUGCCUAGAAAGCCAGAGGAACACUCACAUACACGAAGGAGGUUUGUUUUUGUUGAAAAAAAAAAUGUAAAAAGAAAUUUUCCAGAAAGAACAGAAGUAAGGCCCUUGAAAGACACCAGAAAAUUCCAUUCCAUACGGUCUGUGCAACCCCAUGUUAUCAGUACAAGAGAAAGAAGUUGCUUCUGUGAGAGCUGCAUGGGUAUUGUCCAGGAGCCUUGUACAAAUGCAGUGAUAACCGGCAAUUGGUCAGUAGCUAGGUUAGCACCGCUUGCAGAAAACAGACGUAAGCAGACUAUACCUAGAAAUAGACCUCAGCCAGUACCAGAUGAAGGUCAGGAGGAACAACCAGUACCAGAGGAACAAGAGGGACAACCAGUACAUGAUGAAGGUCAGGAGAAACAACCAGUACCAGAGGAACAAGAGGAACAACCAGUACAUGAUGAAGGUCAGGAGGAACAACCAGUACCAGAGGAACAAGAGGAACAACCAGUCCAUGAUGAAGGUCAGGAGGAACAACCAGUACCAGAGGAACAAGAGGAACAACCAGUCCAUGAUGAAGGUCAGGAGGAACAACCAGUACCAGAGGAACAAGAGGAACAACCAGUCCAUGAUGAAGGUCAGGAGGAACAACCAGUACCAGAGGAACAAGAGGAACAACCAGUACAUGAUGAAGGUCAGGAAGAACAACCAGUACCAGAGGAACAAGAGGAACAACCAGUACAUGAUGAAGGUCAACCAUAUCCAGAUAUAGAUAAAGCCGAUACAGAUCCAUUCUACCUAGAGAAUCUGUUGUUCCCUUCUACAGGACUUUGGGACACUGAUAUGUUUCUACAAGAUGGCGAGUUAAUAAAUACAAGUGACAGUUAUAGCCCAGUAGCAACCGCCACAGUCCAACAUAUUCUGGAGCUCCUUCCAGAGAGUCCACAGAAGAAACCUGAACCAAGGUUCAAAGUUGGAGAUUAUGUUACUGUUUCCCUUCCCUUGGGAAAAAAGAAGAAAUGUUUUGUUGCAGAGAUUUUGGAAGUAUAUGAAGACAGUGAGGAAUUGUGGUUGACAUACAUGAAAGAAUGUUCUGUUGGACUGUAUCAAUGGCCAAAAAAGACUGACCGCAGCUUGGAGAAUUUUUCAAGCAUUAUUAAAUCAUUGCCAAAACCAGUGAUCUCGGAAAAAAGCACCAACAUUAGACAGUUAUAUGAAUUCCUUGAAUAA